AUGAACAUACCGAUAGCAGGGUACAAAUUGCAAAUAUACUUAGGGGUGUCGGACACGGCAAUCAGCGCAGUCUUAACGCAGGAAGAACCAUCCCCCAAGCUUAUAUAUUUUGUCAGCAGAACGCUUCAAGAAACGGAGGCCCGUUACCAGCAAGUGGAGAAGGUGGCGUUGGCGCUCCUCCACGCCUCCCGUAGACUUCGCCAAUAUUUUCAAGGGUACCAAGUUGUCGUUAGAACCAAUCAUCCGGUGGCUAAGGUACUUAGGAAGCCCGACCUAGCCGAACGAAUGGUGAGUUGGGCUGUCGAGUUAUCGGAAUUCGGCCUCCGGUACGAACCAAGGGGUUCCAUUAAAGGGCAGCAUCUCGCUGAUUUCGCAGCCGAGUUACCAGUUGUCGGGAACGAUCAAUGGAACCUUUAUGUCGAUGGUGCGUCCGGACGGCAGACCAAUGGAGCCGGAAUAGUGCUGGAGGGACCCAACGGUUUUCUGCUCGAAUAUUUGUUGAUAUUCAAAUUCAAAACGUCCAACAAUCAGGCCGAAUACGAAGCCCUGGUGGCCGGAUUAGGGCUCGCCAAGGAUAUGGGAGCGCGAAAACUUGUAUGCCGAACAGAUUCACAACUGGUCGUAGGUCAGAUGAACGGGGAGUUUCAAGUGAAGGAGGACCAUAUGCUCAAGUACUUUCACCGAGCGUCGUCUUUAGUGGCGACCUUUGAAAAAGUUGAGAUCCAACAUAUACCCCGAGAGCAGAAUACGCGAGCAGACGUGUUGUCUAAACUUAGCUCUGGCAAAGAAAAGGGUCAACUCACAACCGUUAUUCGCCAAGUCUUGCUACAGCCCUCCGUAGAAUGCUACGUAAUAGCUUCGGGCGACACUGAUUGGCGGGACGAGAUAAGGAGGCUGAUAAAAAGGCAAGAGGAUGAACUAUCAGUAGAUCCGGCUGAUUCGAGGAAGAUCGCCCGAUUUGUAGUAAUUGGGGACGACCUAUACAAAAGAGGUUUCUCCACUCCGUUGCUGAAGUGCUUAUCAAAGGAGGAAGCUCAGUACGUGAUGGACGAGCUUCACAAUGGAGUGUGUGGAUUUCAUUCCGGCCGAAGAACGUUGAAGGCCCGCAUUCUACGAGCCGGAUACUACUGGCCGACAAUGGAAGACGAUACCCGGACUUUCACGCAACGUUGCCUCAAUUGUCAAGCACAUGCCAACGAUACUUGGGUUCCCCCCAUACGCUCCAUUCCAUUACCUCCCCAUGGCCGUUUGCCCAGUGGGGCAUGGAUAUCGUCGGACCUUUCCCCCAAGGCCAGGGUCAAAAGAGAUUCCUCUUAG